AGGAGAGAAAGUGAAACUUAAAGCUGAUUUGCUUCCUCGUUGCUGAACGGAGCCAGAGACGCAUCACAGGGUGAGAUAUCUCUACUAAACACAAGAACCAUCCAGAUCUGUUAUUAACAGCCUCAGAUUUUGAAAUUAGAGCAAAUGGCUGAAAAAAUCACUCUUUUUGAAAGUUACCUGAGCUGCCAUGUUUGUUCAGAGACCUUCAGAGAUCCCGUGUCUCUGAGCUGCAACCACAGCUUCUGUUCAAGCUGCCUGCAGCGAUUCUGGGAACAAGCUGGAAACAAGAACUGUCCCAUUUGUAAGAGAAAAUCCUCUAAAGAUAAUGUUUGGGUGAAUUUCCAACUGAAGGAACUCGCUGACUCAUUUGCUGAGAGACAGAAAACUGGAUCAACUGAGACAGAAAGAGGAGAGAAGAAGGUGGAGGUGGUGUGUUGUGAACAUGGAGAAGAGACUAAACUGUUCUGUGAGGACGAGCAGAAAGCUGUGUGUCCUGUCUGUGAGUUCUCUCUCCACCAGAGUCACAAGGUGGUUCCUCUAGAACAAGCAGUCAGGAACCUGAAGGACCAGCUGAGAUAUGACUUGGAGUCUCUGCAGGACAAGAAGAACAAACACCAACAAGUGAAGGAAACAUACAAUGAAGUGAUUCAACUCUCCAAGAAGCAGCUGGUGUCCACAGAGAGGAAGAUCAGAGCAGAGUUCAACAAGCUCCACCAGUUCCUGAGAGAGGAAGAGGAGUCCAGACUGGCAGCUCUGAGGGAGGAAGAGGAGCAGAAGGAGAAGACCAUCAGCAGAGAGAUGAAGAUGAUUGAGGAGCAGAUCUCCUCUCUGUCAGACAGCAUCUCUGCUGUUGAAGAAGACCUGCAGAAACACAAGGUGUUGUCCCUCAGCAGUUAUAAAGCCACUCAGACCAGAGCCAGAGUCCAGAGCUCACUGACAGAUCCACAGCUGCUCUCAGGAGCUCUGAUAGAUGUGGCCAAACACCUGGGAAAACUGUCCUUCAGAGUCUGGGAGAAGAUGAAGGACCAGGUCCACUUCAGUCCUGUCAUUCUGGACCCAAACACUGCAUCCUACGGUCUCUAUCUGUCUGAUGAUCUGACCAGUGUGAGACAUGGAGAAACAAACCAGCAGCUUCCUGAUAAUCCAGAGAGAUUCACUACGUAUGCAGAAGUUCUGGGCUCUGAGGGCUUCAGCUCAGGGAAACACAGCUGGGAGGUGGAGGUGGGAGACCAUCCUCUAUGGCUGUUAGGUUUGGUUAAAGAGUCAGUUGACAGGAAGGGAGAGAUAGGUGCUUCACCAAAAGAUGGAUUUUGGUGUUUUUAUCAUAAACGUGGUGAAUACACUAAUGGAGCUGGUCAGACUGUCAAAGUGAAGAAGAGUCUCCAGAGGAUCAGAGUCCAGCUGGACUAUGACAGGGGGAAGGUGUCCUUCUACUACGCUGAAGACAAGACUCACAUCUACACUCACAGAGACACUUUCACUGAGAAACUCUUCCCAUGGUUUAAUAUCGGAUUUUCUGAUGAUGCUAAAACUACUGAUAUCAAGAUCUUUUAAAGCAAUGUUUCUCUGUGAUGUUCAGUGAAGGUGGUGAGGUCAAAGUGACUCAUCAGAAUAUUUAUUAUAGUUUGUUGUUGUUGU